CAGGCCUCAGGCCGCGCCACGGGGGGAGCGCCGGCGGUGGUAGCGUCCACCCGUCCGCGGUUGCGUCCGCCGGCCCGCCCCGCGGCGCGAUGACGUUACCGUGCGCGCGCCGCGCUGGGUCCAGGCCUCGUGGCGGUCGCGGAUUACUUGGGGAGACCUCUGCGCGUCUUCCGUUUGCGCGAGGUGUAUUCGUCCCAGGCAGGCCAUCCGAGGGCUGUCCCCUUCUUUUUAGUUAGCCUCUGUCCUCUGGGUGGGCGCCCCCUAGCGCCUCCUCCCUCUGAAACAUAGUGACGCAGCGCUCUAUUUUUGCCAGAGUCCAGAAUGCAUCAGCUGGAACUGCAUCUUUUUAAUGAGUGACCUCUGGGGGUCCUUUAUGCCACUUUCCCAAAUUGCUCUUCAGUCACAAAGUGCCCUCUUUAAUGCUCCGGAUGCCAUUUGAGAGAAGUGAGUCUCUUCAGCACAGAUUUGGAGACUGGGAAUUCACUCACCUUCUCUCCCUUUCCCCUGUGGGAGAAGUCCUGGACCAUCUAUUUAGCCCUAAGCUGUGCUACCCUGGGGAAGGAGUAAUGUCGACAAAGAAAACCUGUUCCAUUUAAGUACUUCAGUGCAGCCGAACUCGUUUUUGUUUUGUUUUGUUUUUAAAUCCUGUGGAGUGUUGGAAUUUCUUCUCUGGACAUCUGAACUUCCACAAAAGCUCUCUCAUCUAAAGGUGACUGCCCAAGUCACUGUUCUGCAGGCACCCCUGGACCACAGAUCAUUCAUAAUUUCACAAGGCGAAUCCAGAGCAAAAUCAAAGAUCUUCUACAGCAAAUGGAAGAAGGGCUGAAGACAGCUGAUCCGCAUGAUUGCUCUGCUUAUACUGGUUGGACAGGCAUAGCCCUUCUGUACCUGCAGUUGUAUCGGGUCACAUGUGACCAGACCUACCUGCUCCGAUCCCUGGAUUACAUAAAGAGGACACUUCGGAAUCUGAAUGGCCGCAGGGUCACCUUCCUCUGUGGAGAUGCUGGGCCCCUUGCUGUAGGAGCUGUGGUCUAUCAUAAACUCAAAAGUGAUUCUGAGUCCCAGGAAUGCAUCACAAAACUUUUGCAGCUCCAGAGAACCAUUGUCUGCCGAGAUUCAGACCUUCCCGAUGAGCUGCUUUACGGACGGGCAGGUUAUCUGUAUGCCUUGCUCUACCUGAACACGGAGAUCGGUCCAGGAACUGUGUGUGAGUCGGCUAUUAAAGAGGUAGUCAGUGCUAUUAUUGAAUCGGGCAAGAUCUUGUCAAGGGAAGAAAAGAAGACUGAGCGCUGUCCCCUCUUAUAUCAGUGGCACAGGAAGCAGUAUGUUGGAGCAGCCCAUGGCAUGGCUGGAAUCUACUACAUGUUAAUGCAGCCAGCAGCAAAAGUGGACCAAGAAAUCUUAACAGAAAUGGUGAAACCUAGUAUUGAUUAUAUGCGCCACAAAAGAUUCCGAUCUGGGAAUUAUCCUUCAUCAUUAAGCAAUGAAACAGAUCGACUGGUCCAUUGGUGCCAUGGUGCCCCGGGUGUCAUCCACAUGCUUAUGCAAGCUUACAAGGUUUUUAAGGAGGAGAAGUACUUGAAAGAUGCCAUGGAGUGCAGUGAUGUGAUUUGGCAGCGAGGUUUGCUACGGAAGGGCUAUGGGAUCUGCCAUGGGACUUCUGGAAAUGGCUACUCUUUCUUGUCCCUUUACCAUCUCACGCAGGAUAGAAAGUACCUCUACCGAGCUUGUAAGUUUGCAGAGUGGUGUCUAGAAUAUGGAGCACAUGGGUGCCGCAUUCCUGACAGACCCUAUUCUCUUUUUGAAGGCAUGGCUGGCGCGAUUCACUUUCUCUCUGACGUCCUCGUUCCGGAGACAUCACGGUUUCCAGCGUUUGAACUUGGCUCUUCACAGAGAGACAAAAAGGUGCAAAAGGACUACUGAGACACCUGUUUGGACCAAAAGAUACCAGAUUGCUUAGUGCGUGACACAACCAACUGUGAAUCCUGAAAGGGGGAAAAAAGGAGAAGUAGACACCGUCACAGGCCCACUUGUGUUGCCAAGACCCUCAAGUUAGAGCAUGAGUGACAGAAACCAUCCCAUCAGCGUUGUGUGACAGUGUUCCCCUCACUGGUGUAAAAUAUGAAUUCUUCACAUCCA